AUGUCAAUGAUUGUUGCAAACUCCUUCAUCUUUUUAGCUUUAAUAUCUUGCUUUGAAAUAAAUACAGCAACUGCUGAUAAAGGAGCUACAUACAUUCGAUGGGGUCGUACCGUAUGUCCUACUGAUAGGACUGGUGCUACCCUUGUCUAUGAAGGCAUUGCUGCUGGAAGCAAGUGGUCAGAAUCUGGUGGUGGAGCCAACUACCUUUGCCUACCUAAAACACCAGAGUAUUGGCCUAUUGGUACAGGAACAUCAAGCUAUCAAGCAUUCCUUUAUGGAGCUGAGUAUCACUCCCGUCAUUAUCCAUCCUUCAUUGAUUCCACUGCACCUUGUGCAAUGUGUCUUGCUGUUAAUAAAUCAGCAACGAUCAUGAUACCAGCAAAAAUAACGUGUCCUAAAUCAUGGACAAGGGAAUACAAUGGUUACCUGGUAGCUGAGCAUUACACUCAUGCUAAUAAUGUUGUCUUUGAGUGUGUUGAUUUCAAUAGGGAGAAGGUACCAGGUACAUCAAACCCAGACCCUGAAGCAUCGUUCCAUCAUGUUCGAAGUACCUGCUAUGGCCUCUCUUGCCCUCCUUUUGUUCAAGCAAAAGAUAUGGCUUGUGUUGUUUGCUCAAAGUGAAAAAUGAAAGCAGAAGCUAAUGAACUGUGUGUGCUUAGUAGUUUAUGUUUGAACUAGCUUUAUUUUGUUGUGUUAGAUCUAGUUUGAAUCUUUCUAGAACAUGAUGUGAUUUUUAGUUUUAUGAUGCCUUAAUUUAGAAAAAGAGCACAUAGCUAAAAUUAA